AUGGACGCCGAUCCCAUCUUAAAGCAUGGCCGAACGGCCCAGCUUGCUUUAGACACUGAAGUGCCGACUUCAAGAAGCUCGGAACCUGGUCCAAAUGCUCUCAAGGGUGCCAGGCCUGCUUCCGGCUCCUACGAUAGCCCGUUGAGACAGCAUGCUCGAUACCCGACUGCCCCACGGCAAGUUAAAGAAACACUCAACGCUCAAUCAACAUACACCAACAGCCAGGACGACAAUACAGCAGAACACCGUAUAAACCAGUACUUGAUCAAGCAGGAAAUUGGCAGGGGCUCGUUUGGUGCCGUCCACCUAGCCACAGAUCAGUACGGCCAGGAAUAUGCCGUUAAAGAAUUUUCCAAAUCCCGCCUCCGGAAAAGGGCUCAGUCUCAUGGUCUCCGCCGUAGGACUGGAAAGCAUCCGGGUGUUCAACCUGCUGGUGUUGGCUUCAAUUCACCACUCCAUCGACACCCUUCCGGAAUUGAUGAAGGUGAAAAUGGAAACUCUCUAUACCUUAUUAGAGAGGAGAUUGCCAUUAUGAAAAAGCUCAACCACAGCAACCUUGUCUCACUGAUAGAGGUGUUGGAUGACCCUACCGAAGACUCUCUCUACAUGGUGAUGGAAAUGUGCAAGAAAGGUGUCAUUAUGAAAGUCGGGCUAGGCGAACAAGCAGACCCAUACAGCGAAGAAAACUGCCGAUGUUGGUUCCGUGACCUUAUCCUAGGGAUUGAGUAUCUACAUGCCCAGGGAAUUGUGCAUCGUGACAUAAAACCAGAUAAUUGUCUGUUGACAAACGAUGAUGUCCUCAAGGUAGUCGACUUUGGCGUUUCAGAAAUGUUUGAGAAGUCUUCGGAUAUGUUCAUAGCCAAGUCAGCUGGCUCGCCUGCUUUUAUACCUCCAGAGCUUUGCGUUGCAAAAUAUGGUGAGGUCUCAGGUCGAGCAGUCGACGUAUGGUCUAUGGGAGUGACACUGUACUGUCUACGCUAUGGGCGCAUACCAUUCCAUACGAGUAAUAUAUUUGAUUUAUACAACGCUAUCAGAAACGAUGAGGUUGAACUCCCUGGCGAGACAAAUGAAGCUUUCAAGGAUCUCAUGAAGCAGAUACUGGAGAAGGAUCCUGCAAAGAGAAUUACCAUGCCACAAUUAAGGGUGCACCCUUGGGUUACCAAAGGCGGAAUAGAUCCCCUUCUAUCUGAGGAGGAGAAUACAGCAACCCUCGUGGGUCCACCGACAGAAGAGGAGAUGGAUUCUGCCAUCACUAGGAAUCUAGGGCAUGCACUUAUAGUGGUCAAAGCCGUCCAGAAAUUUAAAAGGCUCAUCAGUGACGGAAGCCCCUUGCCGAUGGAGAGCAUUCUCGGUGAGGGUGAAGAAUCACACUUCGUGCAGCCCCCUCUCCUCAUGGGAGAAGACGAAGAAGAGGAAUUCAGUGCUAUCCUGCACAAUCGAAAUAUGAAAGAGCACGUUUAUCCCAGGCGACCGGAUCAGCCCAAGCGACCAAGCCAGGCAACUAUGAAUAGUUCACCAUACGUUUCCCUCCCGCCCCCGAACACUUUCGAGCCAUGUGCAUUUCCAUCUCCACAACCUCAAUCCACCCCUGGAGCAGAUACGCCAACACGACAGACUGGUUCUGAAGGUACCCGUGGCCAUGCUCGCGACCCGUUAGAGGAAGAAAUGCCUUUCCUCAACAUAGGCCCGUCAAACUUUGGGUCAGAGGCUGAACUCAACCCAACAAAUGACACGGCCAUGGAAUCCGGUGGAAUUCCGAUCCCUUCGAAACCUGCCGUUACCGAAUCUCCUAUGAUCGUGAGUGAGUCCCCUCCAGCUGCGGACAUCGACAUCUACGAGACAGCAUACAAGGAGAUAAUCGAACGGAUAAACAGCCGGAGCCGAGAAGCACAAUCGCCUACACCGAAGGUAUACCUCAACCGAAGGGUUGAGAAAAAGCCAACCGCCUCUUCUGGCUUGUGGUCGGUAGCUAGGAAGAAUAGCAAAUUGUCAAGUCCACUCAGCCGUUCCGUCACCGAUACCGUACCCGACAACCGCCCCCCGCGUCCUAGUCCUAUCAAGCGGUUCACUGCUGCUGCUGCAUCUUUUGCAGCAUCUUCAGGGAAACAGUCGCCGUCACCAUUGGCAAAGGCGGUACAGGUGAAUGACGCGGUUCGCUCCGAUGAGGGUAUUGAGCCAAACCCUCUAGACACCUCUGCUGCUGUAAUAGAGACAACAGCCUCUCCCACUGCCCUAUCACCGGUUGAUGAUGCAAAAAAAGACAUGUGA